CCGGUCCUGGUGUGUGCCUGGCAGCUUGACUCGGCGGUGUAGUUAUCAGUGGAGACGCAGCGCCGCAGUUGAUCAUUGAAGUGGUGAAGUGCAGCAGAAACCUGUCAUCAUGAAGAGGACUGCUGUGUUCGUUUUUGUAGCCUUCUGUGCUGUCUCAGCUCUGUCAUCGAUGGUAGAUGAAAAUAAAUCCAAACCUUCUGCAACCGUGUCCCCUGCGAGUGAGUUUGGUGCCACAUCUGCUUUUACCAAGCCUGCCCCCACCACCACCACCAACACCACCACCACCACCACCAACACCACCACCACGACUGCCACCACCACCAACACCACCACCACCACCACCAACACCACCACCAAGCCUACCACCACCACCACCAACACCACCACCACCACCACCAACACCACCACCAAGCCUACCACCACCACCACCACCAACACCACCACCACCACCACCAACACCACCACCACGACUCCUACCACCACCACCACCACCAACACCACCACCACCACCACCAACACCACCACCAAGCCUACCACCACCACCACCACCAACACCACCACCACCAAGCCUACCACCACCACCACCAACACCACCACGCAUGCAACCACCACCACCACCACACCUGCAACCACCACCACCAAGCCCACACCUACUCAGCCCACUAACUUGACUGUAGGAAACUAUAGCUUGAAGAAAGACAAUAUGAUUUGCCUGAUGGCUCAGAUGGCACUACAGAUCCGACUGGCAACACCACAGCUCAAUGGAACCUUCAUUGUUCAGCCACAUUUGACCAAAACACAAGGAGGUUGUCAGGAAACCACUGUCAACUUUACCAUUGCCUUCAAAGAGGGCUUCAUCAACUUCAUGUUUAACAAGAGCACUGCAGAUAAUACUGUCUACGUUGAUGCUCUGUCUUUCGAACUCUCCUACCCCUUUGGCAAAGGAGGGAAUGGUGGGUACUCUGCCAACAACCAGUCAGUGAAUCUCUUUGCGGCAACGAUUGGACACUCCUACUCCUGCAAGGCUGAAUCACUCUACAUGGGGAACGGACUGUACCUGGAUGUCAAUCAGGACAGGAUGCAGGCCUUUAAUCUGAAAAAUAACAUCGACUUUGGCACUCCUGACCCAUGUGCUGCUGACCGGCCUGAUUACCGUGUUGCUAUUGCGGUGGGAGUGACAUUGCUGGUGCUCAUUGUCAUCGUUGUGAUAGCCUACCUGUUGGGCCGCAAGAGGAGGACCGAUGGCUACCAGUCUCUGUGAGGGAGGCUAGGCAGAGAUCGAUCAGAGGUCACCUCCAUUAUAAACCAAAAUCAUUGAGGCUGUGUGUUCCAAGGGGUUAAAGGGCACUUCCACUAAAGCCUAUCCUGACAUUUUCUUGUCCUUUUAUGUUUAUUUUAACAUAUUAUCAGUGUUUUACCAUAGGCCCAAUUAUAGAGGCGGGAGUGUGCCACUGGAAUAAUUGUAGAACUUGAAAGUGUUUGACUAUAAAUUUGGCCAUUUAAAUGAUAUUAUAAAUUGAUUAAUUGAUCAAAUUAGCACUUGAAAGUUGUAAUAAUAUAAUAAUAAUAAUAAAUGAUAAAAAGAUCAUUAAAUUUCCCAAUGAAUGAAUUUACUCUUUCUUUAAAUGCUGAAUUAAUAAUUGCCCAGCUGUUAUUUGUACUGGCUAAUCAGAGCUCCAUCUGUUGUUGUGUGGGUAUGACUUUAAUCUAACUUUUAGGUUAAGCAAUGCUUAAAAAUCUUUAAAUAAAAAAACAUAAUCAAUGUUAGAUUAAAUCGAUCACAAAUCAAAAUGCUAAAGCAGGCACACUUCUUAAACAUCUUUAGAUUUAAUUAAACCACCAAAAAACUAAAUUUAUUCAGUGAUUAAAAUUUCAAUUAAAACAUAACACGUAAAUGUUGUAGCAGGAAACAAAUUAAUUGUGUGAUGUAUUAUGAUAGACAGGCAUGUAAGCCAAUGGAAGAACAGAAAGUUAAAAAAUUUAAAAUUUAACAAGUUUACAAUUCAUUUUGUUUUCAUUUUUAAAAAUCAAUUAUUAUUCAUUAUUUAAAGAGUGAACAAGGAUAUAAUUAGUAAUUGUCAGAAUGAAUGUUUUAAUAAUACAUCUCUAUUAAUCAAUUUUUAUAAUAGCGUUUGUAUUAUUAUUCCAGUGGCAAAUGGGUUUUGAACAGCCAAUAUAAAACAUCACUUUUAAAUUUAACAUGCCAAUACCCAAACUUUAUGUGAGAUUUUAAUGCCAGACAAUUACACAAGUUUGACCCAAAAAUUGUAAUCUGAUCAGGUUGGACAAGCCUCUGAAAAAGCAUUUCUAUACUUGGGACACUAAAAAGGAUGAUGCUAAUAGUGACAGAUCUAUAAAGCCUGACAUCUACAUAGACUUACGUAAAAACUGACCAAAAUGUUCCAUUAGAAUCAGUUAUUGUUCUCCCACAGACAGCCAGUGUAUUAGUGGUAAGUACUGUGAUAAUUGUGUCAUUGUAUAUUUUUGACAAGAGGCUAACAUUGGCUCCUUAUAUCAGUUUAAAAUCACAUAAAAAGUCAGAUUUUUCCAUGUGUUCUAUGUGCAUUAUAUACAGCUUGUCUCAUCCAAUAUUCUAAAAAGUUCAUUUAAAUUUUACUUAAUCGUUUUAGGAUUGUGUGUGUUUAAAUGUUUUGUUAUUUUUGUAUUCUGUCAUCCAGGGAUAUUAUUUUUAAAUAGAAGGGAAGUUAUCCAAUCACUAACUUUACAGGUGAUUAUUCUGAGUGUGUUUGCAUUGUGAAUAAGCACAAAGGGAAAACAACGACUAUGUUUGUUUGGGGAUUAUUUCUACCUGGUCAACAAUAAUUGCACUGAUUGCUAGCCCAACCGAUUAACUUUCUUUUUCAUAUUGUAUGUAGCUAAUGCUGUGUUUUCAUAGAAAUACAGGGAUGGACCGUCUAUGUGGGUCAGUCAUGAUUUUAGUCUGAUCCUCAUUAGAUCUUUAAGGGUUAAAACAUUCAUCACAUCUCAGGAAUGCAUCGCUCCUUCCCUAAGGCUGCUCUGAUACACUGUACUGCCUUAAGUUCGAAAUUUUGGGAAAUCUGUGAAUUCGCUUUUUAGCUGUUUUCCCCAGCUGUUUUCAGUCUUUAUGCUAAGCUAAGCUAACUGUCUCCUGGCUCUAGCUGCAUACAUAAUAGACAAAUAUGACAGUGGUAUGGAUCUCAUCUAACUCUUGACAAAAAAGCAAGUAAGCAUAUUUACCAAAAUGUCGAACUGGUCCUUUAACUAUGCAAAACUGACAGACUGAUUGUGAUAACCUCCAUUGUUCUCUUAGGCAUAUUUCUCAAAACCUGGACAAAUAAAACCAAAGAGGUAGUUGUGAAAAUGUUUUUGGUUUUCUCUUAUGUGUGAACUGAACCUUUAAGUAUUCUGAAUAGUAAUCUAGACUUACCUUUAGUAAUACUUGGAUUGCUUGUGUUGAUAUAAUGAAAAGUAGCAUGGAGGUUGGAGUAGGCUGUCUAGAUGUGAUGUGUUUGAUUGAUUCCAGUCCAUCCCUGUGUAAACGUCCCUCAGUAAAUGCCAGCUUCUGAGGGACGUUACUAUGUACAGUUAUCCACAGUGUGUGAGCACAUUGUUAACUUUCUGUGCCAAUAAAGACUGAUGUAUUUCUGUA